CCCCUCUCCGGGGCCCCCCGCGCCCCGCAGCCGGCGGCGAUGUCGGACGUGCGGGUGUCCGGCGGCGGGAGCCCCCUCCUGGAGCGCGCGGACGCCCGGACGCCCGGGGCGCCCAAGCCGUCGGCCUGCAGGAACCUGUUCGGCCCCGUGGACCACGAGGAGCUGCGCCGCGACCUGGAGCGGCACCGCCGGGAGCUGGAGGAGGCCGGCCGCCGCCGCUGGAACUUCGACUUCCAGAACCACCGGCCGCUCGACGGCCGCUUCGAGUGGCAGGCGGUGGAGCGCGGCGGCCUGCCCGAGUUCUACCACCGCCCGCCCCGCGCGCCCCGCGCCCCGCGCCCCGCGCCCGCCGGCCCCGACGACGCCGGGGACCCCGCGGGGCCCGACCCGCCCGAGCCGGGCGCCGCGGCCCGGAAGCGGCCGGCCGGGGAAGGUUCCUCGGCCCAGAACAAAAGAGUCAACAGAGCCGAAGAGAACGGGGCGGGAGGCGCCCCGGACGCGGGCCCCGUGGAGCAGACCCCACGCAAGCCGCGGCUGCGGGGACAGCAGACGUAGACGGAGAUUCAAGAAUGUUUCCCUGUUUUGAUACAUGGUGGCUUGGUGAAGCCACGAAGAGGCCCCCUGUGAAAGCAUUUUGAGACAAAUCGCUGACUCACAAAUAAGCACUGAACAAGAUGAGAAUGGACACAGUAACACUAGUUGCCGGGCCCCUUCGAGGCCGCCUCUACUAAGUUGAGAGGCUUGGUAGAGGCCCAGCCUCCAGCGUUGGAUGUAGCAUCAUGCAAUUAGGUUUUGCCUUAUUUGCUUCUUUGUCCUACCUGUGUACAUAGUUUUUACUUUUUAUGUAGCAACGUGUAAAACCUGGGAGGUGGGGGGAGGGGGGGAAUGGAGAUCUUGCUUCCAUUUGUAGCAAGGCAAGCAAUUUGGGGAUAGGGUCUGUUUUCUUUAAAGAUUUAAUCAUGUCUCUUUUGUGGUGAGAACCUGAGACUUCAUUUAAAAAAAAAAAUCACCAAGAUUUGAACACUGGUUUAGAGAGUGGCUGUGUAUUUGUACACAAAUCCUGCUCUCUUUGGGACUUGGGAGGGUGCCACUCCUUUGAGUAGCAGCAAAUGGCUUAAAAACAACAAAAAGGUCCACCUUAGUGCACCUUUAAAAUUGGAAGUCACCCCUUAUUAUACAGCAGUUUGGUAAGAAUCCAGGUAAUUUGAGGCUGAAAAUCUGGUUAGUGUGUGGUGUGAGUGAGGGAAUUCUGAAUGUUGACAACUGACCCUUUUUCUAUACAUUUGCCAAAUUUGUUGGGAAAAUUUUAGUUUCCCUUUCACUUGGGUAGGUGUAGACACAAUCCCGAAUCCCCGGGUUUUUUUUUUUUUUUUUUUUUUUUAAGCUCUGUAACUUCACACACACACCACAGAGAAAUAAUCUUUCAUUCCAAGCUUCUUGUUCUGUUUGGUUGUUAGUUAAGGAGGGUAGGGGCACGGCCUCGUUUCCCUCUGUGCCUUCGUGGUUUGUAGACCAUAUCAUUCCCAGAAGACCUGUACAUAACUGUGUAAGACACUGAAAAAUUAUACUAACUUAUUUAUGUUACAAAGAGAGCUCUUAAAAAAAAUUAACCAAUAUACAAGCCAAAGUGGCAAGUUUUGUGCAUUUGUAAAUGCUGUACUGGGUAGACUAGGCCCUCUUCUCUCCCCCCCCACCCCCACUUUUUUUUUGUUAAAUAAUAUGGCUAUGCUUAAAAGAUUGCAUACUGAGCCAAGUAUAAUUUUUUUGUAAUGUGUGAAAAAUGCCAAUUACUGUUACACAUCAAACAAUCAAUAAAGAAAACUUCUGUAGCUA